GAGCACACUUUCCACUUUUUCUUGCUUGAAGUCGAAUCUUCUGGAGACCUCCAAACUCUCUACUCCCGAUCGCGAUCUCCCUACCCUCGCCCAUUUUCUCGAGCCGCCUCGAGUUCCAUUUCUGCAUCCGAUCCCGAUCCCUCCUGUGACGUAAUGGCGGCGGCGAAUGCGAUCUCGGUCGCUUCCUUCAUCGGAUCCCCUCGACAGCGAUCGGGACUGAGGAGAAGGGCGAGCGGCGGCUACAAACCGAUGAUAGUGCGGGCCAAGGCCAAGGAGAUCGCUUUCGACCAGAGCUCCCGGUCUUCCCUCCAAGCCGGCGUCGAGAAGCUCGCGGACGCCGUGGGAGUCACCCUUGGUCCCAGAGGGAGGAACGUGGUGUUGGAUGAGUUUGGGAAUCCAAAAGUAGUUAACGAUGGCGUCACAAUUGCCCGGUCUAUUGAGCUGGCUGAUCCCAUGGAGAAUGCUGGUGCAGCACUGAUACGAGAGGUUGCGAGCAAGACCAAUGACUCAGCUGGUGACGGGACAACAACUGCUUCUGUCCUUGCUCGUGAAAUCAUUAAGUUGGGUUUGUUAAGUGUUACCUCUGGUGCAAAUCCUGUCUCUGUCAAGAAGGGGAUUGACAAGACUGUGCAGAAACUAGUUGAAGAGCUCGAGAAGAAAGCAAGGCCAGUGAAGGGACGAGGUGACAUUGAAGCUGUUGCCACUAUUUCAGCUGGCAAUGAUGAGUUCGUGGGCAACAUGAUUGCCGAUGCUAUUGAUAAAGUUGGCCCUGAUGGUGUUUUAUCUAUUGAAUCUUCAUCAUCAUUUGAGACAACAGUUGAUGUCGAGGAAGGGAUGGAGAUUGACAGAGGUUACAUUUCCCCACAAUUUGUCACAAAUCUUGAGAAGUUGAUCGUGGAAUUUGAAAAUGCCAAGGUCCUAGUGACUGAUCAGAAGAUUUCGACGAUAAAGGAAAUCAUUCCUCUGUUAGAGAAAGUGACACAGUUGAGAGCUCCUCUGCUCAUUAUUGCUGAGGAUGUAACUGGGGAGGCUUUGGCAACUCUUGUUGUGAACAAGUUGCGGGGCAUUCUCAAUGUUGCAGCAAUAAAAGCACCUGGUUUUGGUGAGAGGAGAAAGGCUAUCCUUCAGGACAUUGCAAUUAUGACAGGGACUGAGUUCCAGGCUAAAGAUCUUGGCUUAUUGAUAGAGAGUGUAUCCGUUGAGCAGCUUGGCACAGCAAGAAAAGUAACCAUCUCUCAGAACUCUACAACAAUAAUUUCUGAUGCUGCAACCAAAGAUGAGAUCCAGUCCAGAAUUGCUCAGUUAAAGAAGGAACUUGCUGAGACAGACUCAGUUUAUGAUUCUGAGAAACUAGCUGAACGAAUUGCAAAAUUAUCUGGUGGAGUGGCAGUCAUUAAAGUAGGUGCUGCAACAGAGACUGAACUCGAGGACCGCAAACUUAGGAUCGAGGAUGCCAAGAAUGCCACUUUUGCAGCUAUCGAGGAAGGUAUUGUACCUGGUGGCGGUGCUGCCUAUGUUCAUCUCUCAGCCAGUGUACCUGCCAUCAAGAAAAAGCUGGAAGAUCAUGAUGAGCUUCUGGGUGCUGACAUUGUACAGAAGGCACUGGUGGCACCUGCAGCUUUGAUUGCUCAAAAUGCUGGUGUGGAGGGAGAAGUGGUGGUGGAGAAGAUCAAGGAUGGCGAGUGGGAAAUUGGUUACAAUGCAAUGACGGACAAGUACGAGAACCUGUUGGAAGCCGGUGUGAUCGACCCUGCAAAGGUCACCAGGUGUGCACUUCAGAAUGCUGCAUCCAUCGCUGGAAUGCUCCUAACCACCCAAGCCAUCGUAGUGGAGAAGCCCAAGAAAAAGUCUCCUUCCAAUCCCCCUGCCAAAGGUCUCGCCGUUUGAUCGCUUGGGUUCCUAUGCCUUGGGCGUGUUAGGUUUGAAUCAGACUCCGUGAUUCUAGGGAUGAAUUAUGGUGAGAUCCUUAGUGGUAAUUCCCGGUUUUCUCCUAAUUCAGGCUGUUUUAUGGAUUAUAAGUUUGAUUAGUACUCUCUAGCCUUUUAAUGCCUUAAAUUAUCAAAUGCUCCCAUAUGUUGCGUGGUU